UUUGGUUCUUGAUGGUAUGAACAGAAUUUAACCUCCUAAGACAGAACAAGUCCUGCCAGUUCUCUACAGGGAACGUCUGAGACUCAAGGACAUGAGCAAGACAAUACAACUCAAAACUAGUGUAGAGAGACUGCUGCUAGGAUGAGUGACAGCAGUGCUCAAGAGAGAGAGGAGGCUGCAGGUGUCAGACCGCAGGAUGUACUAUUGCGGUGGAUGACCAUGAAGACCAACAAGGACAUGGAUGAUGGCAACAAAUUAACACACUCUGAUGGAGAACCACAGACAAACAGACCUCCAUCUCCAGUGCCCAGCGGUGUGUUCAUGAAGAGUGACCGGUCCAUGCCUGAUCCUCCUCUCUUCAGCAGUGGCCCAGACCACAGACUUUCUCAACCACAACCACAGACACACAGACCUCCAUCUCCAGUGCCCAGCUGCGUGUCCAUGAAGAGUGACCGGUCCAUGCCUGAUCCUCCUCUCUUCAGCAGUGCAGACCACAGACUUCCUCAACCACAACCACAGGAACACAGACCUCCAUCUCCAGUGCCCAGCGGUGUGUCCAUGAAGAGUGGCCGGUCCAUGCCUGAACCUCCUCUCUUCAGCAGUGGAUCAGACCACAGACUUCCUCAACAACAUCUGACCCAGGAUCAGUCUGGCGGUGAGCAGGUACUGAGGGACCCAGCCAUCACCACAUGUGGGCUGAUGAGCAAACAAGAUAAUGACCUGAAGAGAGCAAUAGAGAAUCACAAAGCUGUCCUGAAGAGGAGGUUUGAAAACAUAUCUGAGGGCAUCAUCAAACCGGGAGCUGAGAUCCCCCUCAAAAAGAUCUACACAGGGCUCUACAUCACAGAGGGAGAGAGUGAAGGGCUGAAUAAGGAACAUGAGGUUUGGCAGGUACAGUCAUCAUCCACAUCUAAAUCCACAGAAGGCACACCAAUCAACUGCAAUGACAUCUUCAAGCCCUUUGAUAGACAAGAGAGGCAAAUCAGAACUGUGAUGACCAAAGGUGUUGCUGGAAUUGGAAAAACAGUCUCAGUGCAAAAGUUUAUUCUUGAUUGGACAGAUGGGUUAGCCAAUCAGGAUGUAGCUUUUAUGUUUCCCCUUUCUUUCCGUGAGCUGAAUUUAGUCAGGGGUGAUGAGUACAGUCUUCACAGGCUCCUGUGUGACUUCCAUCCUGAGUUGAAGGAGCUGAAUGAUGGAGAAGGAUACAAAGGUUGUCAGGUUGUGUUCAUCUUUGAUGGUUUGGAUGAGAGUCGGUUGAUUCUGGAUUUGGAACAGAGCAGUAAAUUGUCUGAUGUAAAACAAACAUCAUCAGUGAAUGUUCUGAUGACGAGCCUCAUUCAGGGAACUCUGCUUCCCUCUGCACUCAUUUGGAUAACCUCACGGCCAGCAGCAGCCGGUCAGAUUCCUGCUCAGUGCAUUGACCGGGUGACAGAAGUACGAGGAUUCAAUGACCCACAGAAGGAAGAGUACUUCAGGAAGAGAAUCAGUGAUGAAAGUCAGGCUAACCAAAUCAUCUCACACAUUAAGGCAUCCAGGAGUCUUCACAUCAUGUGUCACAUUCCAGUCUUCUGUUGGAUUGCAAACACUGUACUUCAGAAGAUUAUGGAAAAGAAAAACAUCAAAAACAUUCCCAAAACGCUGACUGAGAUGUUUAUACAUUUCCUGCUCAUCCAGACCACAAGGAAGGAUCAGAAAUAUCUGAGAGGAACUGAAGCAACUCAAGUGGAAAUCCUAGACUCUCAGAGAGAAAUUUUACUGAAGCUGGCAGAAUUGGCUUUUAAGAAUUUGGAAAACGGAAAUCUUAUAUUUUAUGAGGAAGAUCUGAGAGAGUGUGGCAUUGAUGUCAGUGAAGCCUCAGUGUACUCUGGCAUGUGCACUGAGAUCUUCAAGGAAGAAUCUGUGUUUCACCAGAGGAAGGUCUACUGCUUUGUGCAUCUGAGUGUCCAGGAGUUUCUUGCAGCUCUGUAUGUGUUUCACUCUUAUGUGACCAACAACUUUGAAGCACUGAAAUCCCUCAUCAGUGACGAUCUCAGCCUCUCAAUUUUAUCAUCUCGUCAAUCAAAGCUGGGCUUACAAUUGAAAGAUAAUCUACAUGUGCUGCUCAAGAGUGCAGUGGAUGAGGCUUUGAAGAGCAGCAAUGGACACCUGGAUCUGUAUGGAGAUCUGUUCCUUCGCUUCCUUAUGGGCAUUUCUUUGGAUAGCAAUCAGAGACUUCUGCAAGGUCUACUGAACCACACACACAACACCUCAAAGAGCAUUAAAGAAACAUGUCAGUAUAUUAAGAAGCUCAACACAGAAAAUCUCUCUCCUGAACGAUGCAUCAAUCUUUUCCAUUGCUUAUUUGAAAUGAAUGAUGAUUCCAUGCACAAAGAAAUUCAGAAAUUCUUGUCAUCACCAAAGAACAUCAAACAGAAGUUGUCUCCUAGUCACUGUUCAGCACUGGCCCACAUGCUCCUGAUGUCUGGUGAGGUGCUGGAUGAGUUUGACCUGAAGAAAUACAACACAUCAGAUGAGGGACGAAGGAGACUGAUCCCAGCUGUGAGGUGCUGCAGAAAGGCACGACUUGCUGAAUGCAAACUCUCAGAUAAAUCCUGUGGGAUUGUGGCUACUGUUCUACAGUUACCAAACUCCCUGAUCGAGCUGGACCUGAGUGACAAUGACCUGGGAGAUUCUGGAGUUCAGCUUCUCUCUAAGGGACUGUCUAGUCCUAAUUGCAAACUGCAGAUAUUACGGCUCAGUAAUUGUGGUAUAUCAGAUGAAAGUUAUGCUUGUCUGGCUCUCAGUCUAAACCUAUCCUGUGUGAAAGACCUGGAUGUUAGCAACAAUCAUCCUGGAGAAUCAGCACAGAAGCUAUUCUUUGCUAUACUUGAGGAUCAUCACCAUAAAGUUGAAGCACUUCGAUUUGCUGACUGUAAACUCUCAGAUAAGUCCUGUGGAAUUGUGGCUGCUGUUCUACAGUCACCAAACACCCUGUUUGAGCUGGACCUGAGUGACAAUGAACUGGGAGAUUCUGGAGUCCAGCUUCUCUCUAAUGGACUGUCUAGUCCCUACUGCAAGCUGCAGACAUUAAGGCUCAGUAAGUGUGGUAUCACAGAUGAAGGAUAUGUUCGUCUGGCUCGCAGUCUAAACCUGUCCUGUGUGAAAGAGCUGGAUGUGAGCUACAAUCAUCCUGGAGAGUCAGCACAGAAGCUGUUAUCUGCUACACUGGAGGAUCCUCACCGCAAUGUUGAAGCACUUCGAUUUGCUGACUGUAAUCUCACAGAUAAAUCCUGUGAGAUUGUAGCUUCAGUUUUACAGUCACCAAACCCCCUGCUUCAGCUGGACUUGAGUCGCAAUGACCUGGGAGAUUCUGGAGUUAAGCUUCUCUGUGUUGGACUGUCAAGUCCCCAAUGCAAACUGCACACAUUAAGGCUCUCUGAUUGUUUCAUCUCAGAGAAGGGUUUUGGAUUCCUGGCUUCAGCUCUGACUUCAAACCCCUCCCAUCUAAAAGAGCUGGAUCUGAGCUACAAUCAUCCUGGAGAAUCAGGACUGGAGCUGUCAUCUGCUAGACUGAAGCAACCUGUCUACAAACUGGAGAUACUCAAGACUGACCAUGCUUCUUCAGACAGAGCACGGCCACGUUUAUUGAAAUAUGCCUGUGAGCUCACACUGGACCCAAACACAGCAGGCAUAAAACUAUUGCUCUCUGAGGAGAACAGAAAGGUGACGUGUGUGAAAGAGAAGCAGCCGUAUCCUGACCACCCAGAGAGAUUUGACUGGAUACAGCAGGUGUUGUGUAGAGAGGAACUUUCUGGACGCCACUACUGGGAGGUUGAGUGGAGUGGGGGUAGACCUCGUAUAGCUGUGGCCUAUAAGAGCACAGAGAGGAAAGGGACGGAUUAUGACAUCAUAAUGGGACGUAAUGCCAAGUCCUGGAGUCUCGACUGCUCCCUUAAAAGUCACUUUGUCAAGCACAAAGAUAAAGACAAGAAACUACCAUCCCCCUCCUCCGGCUCCAACAGAGUAGGGGUGUACCUGGACUGGUCAGCCGGCACUCUGUCCUUCUACAGCGUCUUCUCGGACACACUCACCCACCUGCACACAUUCCACUCCACAUUCACUGAGCCCCUCUGUCCAGGGUUUAGGUUAUGUGAUGAUCGCUCAUCAGUGUCCCUGUGCCAGAUCACAUGAGUGCUUCCUCCAACAGGUACCACCACCUGUUACCUGUUCACACAGCAGCGGAUCUGGCUCUGGUCCACACUCUCACUCUACUUCUCUCUUUCUCUCUUUCCUCCACUCUUCUUCCUCCUCUUUCUCCACUUCUCUCUCUCUCUCUCUAUUUUUCCUCCAUCUGUCAUCUGUCCUCCCUCCCCUCUCACUUUGCUCCCUCUUACUCUCUCUUCUCUCUCUCUGACCUUUCUUCUUCUCCUCUUUCUCAUCCCUCCAUUCCUCCUUUCCCUCCUCUUCUCUUUUGUCUCCUUUCUGCUCUCCUUCUCCUCCUCACCGCUCUCUCUCUCUCUCUCUCUCUCUCUCUCUCCCUGCUCUUUAUUAGAUGGUGGGAUGAUGUGAAUCUUGUGACAUUUAGAGAUUUAGUUUGGGGAAGUACUGUAUAUACACUGUAAAAUAUAAUAGCUUUCCUUACCUAAAAUGUUUAGUAAAUACAACUUUGUUUUUGUUGAGAUUACCUAAAAGGAGUGUUAUUUCAUUUUGUGUAAAAGUUUUGUUGAAAAGUAAACAAUUGAAGCCUGGAAAGGUAUUGUGAGUGUUAUUUCAUUUUGUGUAAAAGUUUUGUUGAAAAGUAAACAAUUGAAGCCUGGAAAGGUAUUGUGAAAAAUGUAACAGUCCGGCCCAGAAUCCCCUCUUAACCUGUGACCUGUCAUGCCUCUGCUGUUCCUAGACUCUUUCUCUCGGUGAAAGUGUUUUUCUGAAUAUCACUGAACAUGUGAACGGAGCAGAAGAUGAAAGCUCUAGACUUCAGAAUAGAGAGGGUCAGCAGAUGAAGACGUCUAUGAUGAUGUGGAGAUGGCUGAAGACAGCAACUGUCUGACCUCAACACUCUUCUCCGUCUGCUGUAAACAGUGUAGUUACACCAUUUGUGUGUAUUUUAAUAGGGAAAACAUGGAGGUGUUUCGUCACUUCUAAUUUCAUCUCUGUUUGGAUCCGAAUUAAUGAACUGGGCUAGCUAAGUGCUAUUAAAGUAGCGCCACGCCCCAGAGCCAUUGAGUGCAUGCAUUGAAAUGUGAGAGGUGUGUAUCAACUCGUCUUAGGCCUACUUAAGGGAGUAAUAUAGUUUAGUGUGAAAAAAACGGUGACAUGUUCUUUUAAUCAUUUUACUGCUUAUGCCAAUACAUGAGAUUCUGUUUGAGUUUCAUACGCAGCAUACGGUUAAGUCUGUGUUACAGUAAUUUGUUGUCUUUUAAUCAUUGUUUCUUAUGCUUUUUAAUUGUUAUUUUAAAACCAUUGCCCUUGUAUGCUUUCAUGUACUAUUACUCUUUGCUUUUGUUUAUGUUAAGCACAUUAAAUUACUCCUGUGUAUGACAUGUGAUAUAUAAAUAAACUUCCCUUGCCUUGUUCCACCAAAGAAAAAAAUGAAUGCUGA